AUGGCUAUUGGUCAUUCGUCAGCUUUGCUCUCCAUGGAAGAGUGUCUAACAAUUACCACUCUGCAGCCAAAUUCAGCAAGACACAAAAUGGAAUUCGUGGAUGAGACCAGGAAGGUCAUCUAUGAGGCUGUUGCUUUGGAUAGUGGCCUGGAUGAGAUAGAUCCCGACCCAGAGUCACCCAUCCUGUCCGAUCAGUCGCUACUGCAAGGGUUCAGUCAAUCUUCCAUCUCAGAGACCCCAAAUGGCCAGGAAAACCCACGGCGAUUUCCUUCACGGAAGCAGACCUUGCCCGAAUCCCCCCGUCUUUCAGAGACAGCAUCGGAGGCUCUAUCCCCUCACAGAUCGGUUCAGCUGCCUGAAACCGUCUCCUCUUCAGAAGGACAUGCACGUGAAUGUUCUCCCACCGACCGCUUCAUCGCGCGGGCUGGGUCCUAUCACCAGCUUUACUACUCCAAAAAUUCAGCAUUCCCAAUCGAAGACCCGGUGGAAGCAGAGCUGUAUCGGCAUUAUGUGCAGAGUCUGGCACCAUGGCUCGACCUAUGUGACCCACUGAGGUCAUUUGAAACCCUGGUUCCUCAAAAUGCAGCAACAUUUCCUCUACUACUCAAGGCUAUCUACUCCUUCUCAGCCCGGCACAAAACCCUGACAGGUUACUUUGAUUCGGUCAGGAGCAGCGAGUAUUACGACGAAUGCCUAACAGAGCUCAGGGAUGUCCUUGCUGCAUAUGACGAAUAUGGAGCAGACGAAAACUUGUUUGCUGCUACGAUUAUCCUGCGGGUCCUUGAAGAAAUUGAUGUUGUGGACAAUGGGACAGAUCAAGAAGCCAAUCUCCUAGGAAUACAUGCGUUUGUAUCAACCGGGUCGUUCUUUGAAAAUCCCAGUCCCCUUAGUAUCGCGUCAUUCUGGGUUGGCCUCCGCCAGGGAAUUUACAAAGCAGUCAUCAACAAACGACCUGUCGGACUGAGUGUAGACCAUAUUCUAGUCGAACAGUCGCUCGCUCGAACGGAUUACCACAGCGUUGCAAACAAUGCGGUGGUCCAUUGCACUCGCGUCCUCAACUUUUGCUUCGAUAAGGGUGGAGUGUGUAACAUGGAGGAAUGGAAUAAGUUAUGGAAAUCGAAUGAAGACUGGGAGAAUGAGCACGCUCCCUUCCAUACACCCAUAUUCAAGGCACCCGAUGAUGUUCCCUUCCCACAGAUAUGGUAUCAUCAGAGUUGCCAAGUGAUCGGGGUACAGCAUCAUCUCUUAGCCAAGUCGUACUUGAUCCGGUUCAGGCACAAGUUCUCAGCGACUGGUACACGUCACCAGUCUACUCUAGCCAAAAGGAGAGCUGAGGAAAUCAAUGGACUCCUCCGGGCAUGUUCACAGCCUGCAUGGCCAUUUCCGCUUGUGAGUCUUUGGGCAUUUUGCAUCGGCGCUAGUUUCACCCAGCGGAAGGACCAGGAGGCCAUGAUCGACAUACUCCGAAAGACAGAGAAAGAUCAUGCUCGUCCAACCAAGUCGGUGCAGGAAGACAUGAUGAAGGCUUGGGGCUGGUCUGCUUCCACGUGGACUCCGACGCAGGUGCCCCCAUGGCCGGAUACGACGCAGUAUGCGACGAACUUGAACAUGAACGACAGCAUGGGUUACCAGCAGGCUUAA